AAUGAAAAUCUAACAUUGAAUUUAAACAUACCAAAAAAAUUAUUACAGAAAAAUUAAAACAAAAACAACAACAACCAAGGGACCAAUUAAAAUUUGAGUAGAAUUGAAUUAACCAAUUAGAAAAAAAGGGGAAAAAAAUGGUUAAAAUUAGUUUAGAAACAGCAUAAAAAUACAGUAGUACAUUUAUAUUUAUAUAGUUGAUAUAUUUAAAAAGGCAUUUAUUUAAGCAAUAUAUAUAUAUUGAAUAAUAUGGAUAUAUCUAUUAUACCAAGUAUGAAAUGAUCUAUUCGCUAAUACAAAUACUAAAUUAUAUCAUUUAAUCAUAAUAAUAAAAAGAAGAACAACAACAACAAAAGAAAAAAGGGAGAAAAAGAAGAAAAAAGAAAAAAAGGGAGAAAAAAGAAGAGGAACAAUAAAUCAAUUAUUUAAUAAAUUGAAAUAAGAAUUAAUUAAUAUCAAAUUACAAAUGUUAUGAUUUCAAUAUUUAAUUGAAGUAGAUGUAGAUCAUGAAUUAUUAACUACUACUACUGUAUUACCGUCUUCAGUGAAAUUCAUUAAUAAUCAUAAUCAUAAUAAUGAUAUUGAUCAUCGUCAUGGAUUAGGUGUAAUUUAUGCCAUAAAUCGUCAAUCAUUUUCAUGUUAUUUAUUUUUUUUGGUACAAAAAUGAAAAAACAAAUUACACCAUCAUCAAGACAAAGUUUAAAAAUAUCUCAUCAUGAAAAAAUUAAUACAAAUGUAAAAGGUCUCGAACCACAUGGAAAUACUGUUGGUAAUCCUGCACGAUUUACUAUUGAUACAUUCAGUGCUGGUCGGGGUGCUGUUGAAGUGAUUGUGCUGAAUCCUAAAGGACAAAGAGAACCAUGUGAUGUACUCAGUAAUAAUGAUAAACAACAAACUUAUUCUUGUGCUUAUGUUCCAACACAAGAAGGUGAAUACAGAGUUAUCAUUAAAUUUGCCACUAAAGAAAUUUUAAAUUCACCAUUUAAAGUUAUGGUAGAAGGUGCACAAGGUGAUGGAAGUAAAGCAACUGCAUCUGGUCCAGGAAUUGAACCAACUGGGAAUCAAGUUGGUCGACGUACAUUCUUCAAUAUAUUCACUGCCGCUGCUGGACCUGGAAAUGCAGACUGUGUAAUUCUAGAUCCUCAUGGCCGACGUGAUGCUAUUAAACCUUUGAUAACUCGUCAAGGUGAAGAUAAUUAUCUUGUAGAAUAUACACCAAAAGAUGAAGGACUUCAUUCAGUUAAUGUAUUUUAUGCUGGUCAACAAAUAUCAAAUUCACCAUUUGGUGUGAUGGUUGGUCCACGACCACCACCAGUAGUACAAUCUCCUGCACCUAUAGUUAACCAAGAAGCUCCAUUGCAAGCAACACAGUCACCUAGAAAAAUGUCUCAACCACAAAGACCAGCCUGUGAUCCAAAACAAGCUUAUGCCACAGGUCGAGGAAUUCAACCUCAAGGUAUACGAGUCAAAGAUUUGGCUGAUUUUAAAGUACAUACAGAAGAUGCUGGUGAAGGUCCACUAGAAGUGUCUGUAAUUGCUCCAGAUGGUAGAGGAAUUCCUUGCACAAGUCGAAAAACUGGUGCCUAUUUGUUUGACUGUAGUUAUACACCUCAACGACCAGGUACACAUCAAGUUAAUGUUCGAUAUGGUGGAGAUCAUAUCAUGCUAAGUCCAUUUACGGUGGAAGUUGCUCCUUACAAAGAAUCGCGUAUAAGAGCAUUUGGUCCAGGUCUCGUUGGUGGUGUGGUCAAUAAACCAGCUGUUUUUGUUGUGGAAACAAAUGGUGAAACUGGCGCUUUAGGUUUUUCAAUCGAAGGUCCAAGUGAAGCAAGAAUUGAUUGUACAGAUAAUGGAGAUGGAUCAGCUACUGUAGCUUAUUGGCCAACAGCUCCUGGUGAAUAUGCAGUUCAUAUUUUGUGUAAUGAUGAAAAUAUACCAAAAUCUCCUUUCAUGGUUCCAAUUGAACCAGAUAUGGGUAAAUGUGAUCCUGAAAGAGUUAAAGCACAUGGACCAGGUAUAAUGCCAACUGGGAACGUUGCUGGUCAACCAACUGAAUUUACAGUAGAUAUUAGAGAUUCUGGUGGUCCUGCCCCAUUAACAGUUGAAUGCAGAGACAAUGAAGGUGAACCAGUUGCAUUGAAAGUUCGUGAUAAUGGUGAUGGUACUUAUACAUGUAGCUAUACACCUAAAGUUCCCAAAAAACACACAGUUCUUGUUUCCUACGGUGGAGUCAAUAUACCUAGAAGUCCUUUCAGGGUUGAAGUAGCUGAACCUAGUAAUCCAGGAAAAGUGCGAGUUUUUGGUCCAGGUGUAGAAAAUGUUACUAGAGGUCAACCAACCUAUUUCACAGUAGACUGUAAACAGGCUGGACAUGGCAAUGUUGGAAUUAGUGUCACUGAUGAAGCUGGACGUGAUGUUGCUAUGGAUACACAGGAUAUGAGAGAUGGAACAUUUAAAGUUGCUUAUACAGCUAAUACACCGGGGCCUUAUUAUACUGUACAAGUAUUUUUCAAUAAUCAAGAAGUUCCACGUAGUCCAUUUAAAGUACCUGUUAAACCAAAUAUCGAUAUGUCGAAAAUUCAUGUUGAAAAUCUUGAACCAACUAUCACUACUGGUGUACCAACUGAGUUUGAUGUGAUAACUGCGGGUGCAGGCCCACCAAAUAAUAGUAAACCGAAACCAACUGUAACAGUGAAAUCUCCGAACGGUAUGCGUGUACCAUGCACUUUAGCUGAAAGCGUUGAUGGAUAUACACCUUCCUUUACACCAACUGUUGUUGGACCUCAUACUGUUGCUGUUGAAGUUGGAGGUGUACCAGUCAAAGGUAGUCCAUUUCGUACAAACGCCAUUCCACCAGCUGCAGUGCAAGAGCCUAUCUAUCCAAAAGAUUUCGGACGUCAGCAGGCUACUUCAGCACCUAUUUCUGGACCUGAAGCAGCAGCUUUGGUCCGCGCAUAUGGUGACGGACUUUAUCGUGCAGUAGCUGGAAAGCAGGCGAAAUUCACAAUCGAUAGUCAAGAUGCUCCACCUGCUCCACUAAGUGUUACAAUUGAAGGACCUGCAGAAGCUAAAAUAAAUUAUAACGAUAAUGGUGAUGGAACAUGUGGCGUAGAUUAUUUACCAACUGAACCAGGACCAUAUGUUGUAAAUGUUUUAUACAAAGAUACACAUAUUAAAGGAAGUCCAUUCCCUGUAAGAGUAGCUCCACCUGGAAGAGAACAUAUCGAUAUAUCCCGAGUUCAUGCCUACGGUCCUGGAUUACAACCAACUGGUGUUUUCAAAGAAUCAUUUGCUAAAUUCACAGUUGAUGCUAAAGCGGUUGAUCCACAAAGUAGAGGAAUAGUUAAAGCUAUUGUAGUUAGUCCGAAUAAACAAAGAACAGCAUAUGAUGGCUUACAUCACGUUGAAGUUACAUAUGAUGGAGCACCGGUACCUGGUAGCCCCUUCCCAGUAAAUGUUGCUCCUGGAUGUGAUCCAACAAGAGUAAGAGCUUACGGUCCAGGUUUAGAAGGAGGCUUCACUCAUGAGCCUCAAAGAUUUACGGUCGACUUAGAUGGUGCGGGUCAAGGUGCCCUUGGGUUAGCUUUAGAAGGGCCAGCUGAUGCACAAAUACAAUGUCAAGAUAAUAAAGAUGGAACAUGUACAGUGGACUACUUACCAACACGGGCAGGAACAUAUGAUAUCUUUGUUAAAUUUAACGAUAUGAAUAUUCCAGGUAGUCCAUUUCAAGUUCCCAUACGAGAUGUGGUUGACCCAACUCGUGUUCGUUGUUAUGGUCCAGGUCUAGAGCCUAGAGGAGCACGAGCGCAACAGCCAGCUCACUUUACUGUCGAUGCUUCACAGGCAGGAGAUGCGCCUAUCCAAGUUGCAACAGUUGAUCGUGUUGGAAGAACAACACCAGCACAUAUUGUUCCACGAUCAAAUCAACCGGGUGUCUACGAUGUGACAUAUGUUCCAGAUACCGAUGGUCCGUGUCAAAUUGAAGUUAAACAAGCAGGAAAUCAUGUAACUCGAUCACCAUUCACUCAACAUGUUUUACCAGCUUUUGAACCACAACGUGUGCGUGUAACAGGUGAAGGUGUUCAUCCAACUCGUCCAUUAGGACUUCCAGCUACUCAACCAACAUCUUUUCAAGUAGAUACAAGAGAUGCAGGUCUUGGAGAUCUAGAAUUAUCAGUUAUGGAUCCUGAUGGUCAACCAUUACAAUUAGAAGUAGUAGAUGUUGGAGAUGGAACAUAUAUAUGUCAUUAUAAACCAAUGAUUGUUGGACGUCAUACUGUACGAGUAAAAUAUGGUGGACAAGAAAUUCCUGAAAGUCCAUUCCUAGUACCAGUUGCACCAUCUGGACGAGCUAAUAUGUGUCGUAUAGAAAAUGGAAAUGAUAGCCGAAUACCUGUUGGUCAAGAAUGUGUUAUCAGUGUGAAUACAGCACAAGCUGGUGUUGGACAAUUAACUUGUCGUAUUGUUACACCGUCUGGAGCAACAGCCGAUGUUGAAAUUCAUGAAGCACCAAAUGGUCGAGUUAAUAUUUACUAUACACCACCAAUUCGUGGUGAUUAUUUAGUUGAAAUAAGAUUUGGCGGUGAACUUAUACCAAAUGGAAGAUUUAAUCAAAAAGCUGUCAACCCAGAGGAACUAAUGAACGAUGUAACUGAUCAAAGAGUACAGCAUGUAACUGUACAAUCUGUACAGUCUGUUCAGUCUUCAACAAUUACAACAGGAUAUCAUCCAGUUGAUUUUAAACUACCUGUUGGCCCAACAUUUAGUCAUGUGGAAGGUUUGGUUCGUACUCCAAGUGGUCGAAUUUUACAUCCAACUUUACUGGAUAAUGGUGAUGGAACAGUGACAGCACAAUUUCAACCAAAUGAACCUGGGCUGCAUGAAUUAGAAAUAACUUAUAAUGGUCAACCAAUACCAGGUAGUCCUUUCAGAUUCUAUGUUGAAGCUGUUGGAUCUGGAAUUGUUACAGCUUAUGGGCCAGGAUUAUCUUGUGGUCGUGCGGGAGAACCAGCAAAUUUCACUUUAAUUACACGAGAUGCUGGAGCAGGCGGAUUAUCACUUUCCGUUGAAGGACCAUCCAAAGCCGAUAUUCAGUGUGAUGAUAAUAAAAAUGGUACUUGUAGUGUAAGCUAUUUACCACUAGUACCUGGUGAGUAUACAAUAUCGAUUAAAUUCAUGGAGAAUCAUAUACCUGGUUCACCAUUCACAGCACAUAUAACCGGUGAAUCACGCAGAUUCAAUCAAGUUUGUGUCGGUACUACCAGUGAAAUGCCAUUGCGUAUUACAGAAACAGAUAUUUAUAAUCUUGUUGCAACCGUUCGUAGCCCAUCUGGACUUGAACAACCAUCAACAUUAAAAAGACUACCAAACGGACAUCUAGGUAUUUCAUUUACACCUCAUGAAAUUGGUGAACAUUUUGUUAAUGUAUUCCGUAAUGGUCGACAUAUUGCUAAUAGUCCAUUUAAAAUUUAUGUUGGUGAAAAUGAAAUUGGUAAUGCAUCGAAAGUUCGUAUUUAUGGUAAUGGAUUAAGAGAAGGUAUGGCAAAUCAAAAUUGUCAAUUCACUGUGGAUACAAGAAAUGCUGGCUACGGCGGCUUGAAUCUAUCAAUUGAAGGACCAAGUAAAGCAGAUAUUGAAUGCCAUGAUAAUCAAGAUGGUACAUGUUUGGUUACAUAUCGUCCAACUGAACCUGGAACAUAUAUAAUUAAUGUUAAAUACGCUGAACAACCAGUACCAGGCAGUCCUUUUGUAGUUCAUAUUGGUGGUGAACCAUCACUUAGAAUGAUGGAAAGAAUUACACGACAAAGAGAACUUGCUGAUGCAACAUAUGUAGGCAGUCAAUGUGAAUUAAAUUUAAAAAUUCCAGGAAUAAAUAUUCGUGAUUUGACAGCUAAUGUAACUAGUCCAUCAGGAGUAAGUCAACGAUGUGAUGUCUUAGCUAUGGAUGAUGUGAAUUACACCAUUAAAUUUGUACCACAAGAAAUGGGUGUACAUACUGUUUCAGUACGUCAUCGUGGAUCUCAUAUUUCUGGAAGUCCAUUUCAAUUUACUGUUGGUCCUAUUACAGAAGGUGGAGCUCAUAAAGUACAUGCUACUGGUCAAGGAUUACAAAAUGCUGGUGCAGGUGGUUUAUCAAUUGCUAUUGAAGGACCAAGUAAAGCUGAAAUCAAUUUCGAAGAUAGGAAAGAUGGUUCAUGUGGAGUUUCUUAUCGUGUAACUGAACCAGGUGAAUAUUUAUGCUCUAUUCGCUUCAAUGAUGAUCAUAUACCGAAUUCACCAUUUCGUGUUAUCAUAAAUGAAGCAAUGGAACGAACAUUCUAUACACCUGAAACUAAAUUAUUAAAUAUUACAAGUAUUCAAGAUCGUGGUCUGUCGAUUGGGCGUCCAACAGCAUUCACAGUUAAUUACUCGGGAAUGACAGGUAGAAUGAGAGCAUAUGUAGUAGCUCCAUCUGGAAUACAGUCAGAUGCACUUGUACACCAAGUGGAUGUUGAUCAGCACGCAGUACGAUUUACACCUCAUGAAAAUGGAGCACAUUUGGUGCAUGUACUAAUGGAUGAACGUCCAGUACCUGGAAGUCCAUUCCGUGUAUUAGUUGGGCAAGAAGAAACUGGUCGUGUUACGGCCAGUGGGGAAGGUUUGACUCAUGGACGUGUUGGUGAACUUACUGUAGAUGGUCCUAGUAAAGUUCAAUUAAAUUGUACUGAACGGUCAGAUGGAUACGAUUUCACUUAUUUGCCAUUAUCGCCUGGGGAAUAUCUGAUCAGUAUUAAAUAUGGUGAUUCACAACAUAUUAUAGGUUCACCAUAUAAAGCAAUUGUUACAGGAGAUGCUGUACACGAUACAAUCACAACUGAUACAACACAUGUUGUAGUAGAAACAGGAGGACGUUUAAUUAAUGGACCACAUUCUAAUCUUGGUCCAUCUAGACCAGAUCGUGUUACAUGCUCUGGACCAGGACUUAAACAAGCAUAUCUUAAUGAAACGAAUACAUUUACAGUUAAUGCAUCACAAGCAGGUCAUGAUGUACUAUAUGUUGGAGUAUCUGGACCAGUUGUAGCCUGUGAAGAAGUCAAUAUCAAACAUAUGGGUUAUGGUCAAUAUUCAAUUAGUUAUACUGUACGUGAUCGUGGUCGUCAUUUAAUUAUGAUUAAAUGGGGUGAACAACAUGUACCAGGAAGUCCAUUCACUGUUGAUGUUAUCUAA